AUGCCUCCGCCCAAUCGUUCGGCAGGCCGCAAUGUCCAUAUCUACGACGCAAAUGACCCUGUUACCGUGCUUGGUGGUCUACUUCUCACCCCCGGCCUUUCAAAUGCCAAUUUCUACUCAAUGCUGGAGAUUCUCAUCGCUCCCACAGACGAUAUCAUUCAGGAUGAACCGUACUUCUUUGUUCGGAAUGAAAGCGACACUAGGAUAGAUAGAGAUGCCAAUAUGCUUCAACCUGGGAAGUAUUUCAUUGUUGCCACUGGUCGUUUCCAGGUUAAUAAUGAGCCAUGGCUCGUCCGAACAAUUAGUCGUGCUACCGGAACCCGUGCCGCCGCCUUCACGGAGGCUGUUCGUUCACGAGAUCGUCGAUGUGUCAUAUCCGGGGCGAUUGUACACACUUUUGAUGGGGUUGAUUUCUGGGACGGCUUCGAAGCGGCACAUAUUUUUCCACUAGCCUAUGAAGGUGAUUGGAUAGGUCACAACUACGGCCGGUGGAUUACAAUCCCGGCAGCAAAAGGAGGCUCUAUCAACUCUGUACAAAAUGGAUUGUUGCUUGACUCCGCUAUCCACCAAUUAUUCGACGCUUACUAUAUGUCGAUCAACCCGGAUGAUAAUUACAAAGUUGUGGUCUUUCGGCCUAAUUCAAGAGUUGUUGGUGGCCAAAAUCUUGAUCCAGCAUACUUUGCUCGCCCUGAUGCACCAGCUGCUUCUCUUCUACGAUGGCACUUCAGACAGGCUGUCCUAGCUAACAUGAGAGGUGCUGGGGAGCCCGUCCUUGAACAUGACUUUCCACCCGGUUCUGAUAUCGUUGGUCAAAUACGUCUUGGUCCAAAGCCAGCUGCGAGGAUGGAGUUUGAAUUGUUCGGCCGUUUGUCUGCCCAAAUGGAGUUGUUACAGGCACGCGAACAUGCGAGUUCGCAUUGA